UCAUGUUUGCCGUGCGCAUCGUCACCGCAGACUACUACCUGGCAAGUCCAAUAAGAAACCUGGACGUGUGUUAUUCCGAGUUCAGGGAAAGCGACGUGAAGAAGGUGCCAGUGGUGCGGAUAUUUGGAGCGACGCCCGCAGGCCUUUGCACCCAUCGGAGCAUUCCUAUCGAGGUGGAUGAAAGUAUGCCACCCUCCAGUCUGGACUUUGACUGCCAGAAGUGUAGUGGACCAGAGAACAGUAGAAGCUGGGAGCAGACUGGGGAACUGGACAUCCAUAUCAAACGAGAGAGACUUCUUCAGCAUAAUUUCCAGAGUGGAUUAAAAAAAUUCACCUACCUCUGGCCAGGGCGCCUCUGUUUGGUCUCAAAGACAAGAAGAAAAUAACCAUGGUGGUUUUAUGGAACCUCAAAACAGGCUUGAAGUUUGCAAUUGUCUUUGUGUAUUUGUAAGAAAUGUUUUCAUCACAUAUUCAGUGGACACUGCUGAAGAAAUUGUUAAAUGUCUAACAAGUCAGGGCUUCAAACCGGCCAUUGACAUAUUUGAUACUCCGUCCGUACGGAUGGGCUUCACCAGAUGGAUGAACAGAUUUUUGAAUGAUAAAUCCGUCCUCAUCAUUGUAGCAAUCAGCCCCAAGUACAAGGAGGAUGUAGAAGGGGAUGAUGACGAUGAGCACGGGCUACAUACCAAUUUAGGAGCACAUCUUUUUAUUUAUUUUAUUUUAUUGCUGUUGGUGCAGAUCCAGAAUGAAUUCAUCCAACAAGGCUGCCUGAAUUUCAGACUUAUACCAGUGUUAUUUUGCAAUGCAACAAAAAGACAGGUCCCCAGUUGGCUUCAGAACACGAGGAUCUACAGGUGGCCCCUCGACAUGCAGGACCUUCUGUUACGCCUGCUUAGGGAGGAGCGUUACAUCAUCCCACAGCCAGAAGCAUCCCUCACUCUCACAAUUCGUCCACUCUGAAAGAAAUGACACACAAACAAGGGAAUUUGACAUUUCCAAUGAUUGUGUCCACAUAUCUUGGUCUAUUUGAUUUACGAUCUACGCUGACCUAAUAUUUGCAGUGUAUUUCAUUCUAAACAAUUCUGCCUGCAUGGCCAUGUUUGAAAUGAGAAUAGAUCAUUCCGUAUCAGGAACAGAAGCGUGGAUACCGGAUUAUUUCAAUGAACGUUGGGUUACAUUAUGAAUAACUAUAUUUACCACAAGGUGGCAGCAUAUGACAAAUGAUCAAAGCAACCCAGCACCACUUGGCAUUAAAACAGAAAAAAAGUCAGACGUAAUGGCCUUUAUGUUUUAUUGACUGUGUUAUAUAUGAUAGCAGCAAUUCUUGUAGGACAAUAUCAUUAUUUCAACUAAACCUCGAGUUGCCAUUCAUUCCAACGGGAGGCCCAACAAUGUCAUACACUAGAAUUUCAAUACAGCACUCCUUACAAGCCCAACUUUAGCUUGCAAACUGAGAGAAGUCCAGGCCAGCCAGUCUGUUUCCUUGACCUAAGUCAAAAUGGUUUGUUCACUUUAAGUGCUGUGUUUCACCCGCUUUAUCAGAUCCUGAAUGAGGCCACUUCCUGCCAACGCCCGGCCUGCCAAAGCCAAUAAAUCUAGCUUUUAUCGUUCCCCAAAUACCUGCCACUCGUCUCAGCGUUAUCUGCCCAGUCCAAAGCAGCCAGGAACUGACCGAUGUGUUUUCAUAAACAGCAAUAAAAUAUAAUUCCCUCCUAAGA